UCACUAAAAUGUCACAGUACAGUAUAUUUAUUGAAAACUUCAUUUAAAUUUCAUAUUUACCUACCUACCGAGUCCACUAGUCGAUGCAUGUUUGAAUUUACUUUAUGGUGAAUGAAUACUUUCUACUUUUUUGAAAAUAAAUUUUUCUUACAUAGAUAUCUACUUAAAAAGAAAAUGGUUUUUAUAUGCUAUUCAGUAAUGAUUCUAUGUAUGAUUUACAUUAUUUGUGACGUGAACUACGUUCUACGGACUUGUUUUACAGUGUUCAGUGGUCGGUUCUAUCAAAAAAGAUACACUCUGCGUGAUAUUACUACGGUUUACGGAGUAUGUACCUUCCAAGACUGUGACGUUGGUUUCAAAAGUAUUCGUAUGGCGAGGCUAAUUCGUGAAAUCGAUUUUGCAAGAUAUCAUUUCUAUGACAGAACAGGAAUUUAUCAUCGCAGUAGGCAAUUAGGAAUACGGUCUUUACAAGGGGCCACCUUCACAACACCAAUAGAACCUGUGCCCUUGUUUGUGCCCUAUAAAAUAAAUACAAAGUUGAUAUACUGGGACCACAGAAGUAUAUUCUUUGAACACGAAGUGGUAACGCUACAUGAUAACAAAGUGCGAUGUUUGCUGGUCUCACGCCAAUAUGGUAUUGGUACCUGCAAGGAAACGAUGGCUGACCUACUGAAAGGUUUUUGCACCACUCAAGACGUAGACUUAUUGUUCAACCAUUUGAAUAAUGCUCGUUAUGUUCGCGAGGCAGAUUUUGCUAGGAUUCAUUUCUACGUUAGAACAAGGCUAUUUAAUUAUAUAAAAGCAGUUGGUGGUCAUGUUCUUCAGGGUGCAACUAACAUACGAUAUAGACGGAUCAUACCCAUAUUUACCGCAUAUAAGAUAGAAACGAGGUUGGUAUAUUGGGAUGAUAAAGCGCUUUUCAUUGAACAAAAGUUUGUUACAUUUGAUGGAUUUGUACGCGCCAUAGUAUUGUCACGACAGAAUCUCGUCAACGUGGACGUGGAGUCACUACUCAAGAACAUUCCCGGUGUUGAAGUAAAGCCUGACUGCUCACAGGAAAUCAAGUAUUGGCUGCAAGCUAUUGAAGCAUCCAGUGUGAGAUUGAGGAAUAAGGAUUAACUGAUAUUUUGAAUUAAUUAAGUAUUUUAGAUUUUAUUAUAAGGUUCUCAUAUGGUAGGUUUUGGUAAUUAGGUAUGGUAAGCUUUAAUCAUUAUCGUUUAGUGUAAAUAAUAAAAAAUCAAUUUUUUU